AUGCAAAUUGACCUCUCGCACAGAAACCUCAUCGACUUUGACCCCACAGCCUUCUCUACAGACGACGAACGGGAGGUUCUCAACGCCAUCACUCGGCUAGAUGUUUCCUGCAACAGCCUCUCGUCCCUCUACGGACUGCGCUGGCUUUCCAACUUAACCUCGUUGGAUGUCUCGAACAACAACGUUGCGUCCUUACAUGGGCUUCCACUGCCGUUGCGGCAGCUGAAUGCGUCCUUCAACGUCUUGACAGACGUGGAUGGCCUCUCACCACUGCUGCAUUUAGAAGUGUUGGUGGUCUCACAUAAUCAAAUCACAACGCUGGAGGACCUUCCGGCGGCCGUGCGCAUCGUGGACGCCUCCAGCAAUCGACUUGCGUCACUCACAGGGUUGGAGAAGUGCAGAGCUCUGGAGGAACUGCAGGUUCGGCAAAACAUGAUUCAAAAUGUCGAAGAGCUGGCACCCAUCCAACGCAUUCCCUCGCUCAAAGCCUUAACGCUUGCAGAGAAUCCAGUGACGAACAGUAAACGACGCCUUGCCGCGGUUCACGCAAUGCUGCCACUGACUCUGGAAGUUGUGGACUUACCACCACUGCCUUGGACAAAACCUGCUUCUGCGGUGUCUUCCUCCAGCCCUGCAGUUUCUCUGAAUACCACCACUGUGCGAGACACGAUAAAUCUCUCGUGCUUUUCAGCUGCCAGUACUGCGAGAGUGAGCAGGAAUGACUCCACGCAUGGAAGUCCGUCCCGUUCCCAAGCGUCUUGUCCCCACAUGCCAGUGCGCACGACGCCUCAACAGGAGAAGCAGCAGCAAUCGCGUUCAGGGAGCGGCACGACGUGUUGGAUAACAGGAAAUGGUGCCAUGCCGCUUCCUCCAGCUGCUGUAUUGCACGGUGAUGUCCCGCCUCUUUCGGAUACGGCUCAAGGCGGCAGACUUGGGCAUGAUGCUUGCGGCAUCAGUGCCAUGCAAGCACCGCGCCGCGAAGUUUACACUGAGGUGGAUGCCUCGCUCCCUAGCAUCCGUGCCCAACGACCCUCGCAGUCCACGUUGGAACACCUCCAGUCCGAACUCGAUGAAUGCCGGAGAAGCUGUUUUUUUUAUCGAGAGGAGAAUGCGGGUUUGAGGCUUCGCAUUCAACAGCUGCAGUCCACAAACGAGGAUCAAGCGCGGAUGAACGCCAUCCUUGUGGAGGAAAAUGAGAGGCUUGAACGCAUUUGUGGCGGAUCCUUGCCACUCAAGCAAGCGCAAAGUAUUGCUGCUUCAACAGACGUAAAGGUACAUGUGAUGGCCGACGGUGCUGCUCACGUCUCUCCCUCAUCGAGGGGGCAGUUGCUAAGGCUCCCCAGCGGCAGCAGAAAUAAUGUGGGAGAGGAAGCAAUAGUAGCUGCUUCUCAGCAUCCUUACGUGGAAGAAUCCCUAGAAGAAGCAACUUCGGCAGAAGCAAAGACCGAGCUUCGCCGCGGGGCUCGUUCGCUGGCGGCACUGUUUAUGUCGCUGGUCCCCAAACCAGCAAUGGAUCGGCCGCAGUCCGGCAGUGCCUUUGCGGCCGAUGCUUCCAAUCACAAUGAUUCGCGUCACCACCGCACCGCCCCACAGAGUGCUGAGGACACAAGCAGUUUCAAUACGAAUGCGGCGGAUAAUGGUUUGAGGAAUCCAAAUGUCAGUGACAAAGGGGGGCGCAGGCGCACCGUUUCAUUUGGAGGGUUUGCGUACUGCUCGCCCCCCUCCUGGUAG